CAACAGCGGCGAAUGGAGGAAAUGUAACCGAUAUCAAUCGUAAUGGUGUACCGAAACAUUGGACUAUAAUGACAUCAUCAAAUGCCGAAAAACGCGAGCAUCUCUACAAAAUUCUAGUCAUCGGUGAAUUGGGCACGGGCAAAACGUCGUUCAUCAAACGUUAUGUUCAUCAGUUUUUCAGUCAAAAUUAUCGCGCCACAAUUGGUGUGGAUUUUGCCCUUAAAGUUUUGCACUGGGAUCCAAAUACCAUUGUACGCCUACAAUUAUGGGAUAUUGCCGGACAGGAGCGUUUCGGUAAUAUGACUCGAGUCUAUUACAAGGAAGCCGUUGGUGCCUUUAUCGUAUUCGAUGUAACACGCAGUGGAACAUUCGAUUGUGUUAGUAAAUGGAAAGAGGAUUUAGAUUCGAAAGUUCAACUGCCAGAUGGUAGUCCGAUUCCGUGUAUAUUGCUGGCCAAUAAGUGCGAUCAAGAUAAACAGGGUAUGGUAACAAAUGCCGAGAAAAUGGAUGAAUAUGUUAAGGAGCAUGGUUUUGCUGGAUGGUUUGAAACCUCAGCUAAGGAGAACAUUAACAUUGAUGAGGCAGCUAGAGCAUUAGUUAAUAAGAUUUUACUUAAUGAUAAAUUGAUUAGUGCCGCCGAUUUAGCCGAUAGCGAAAAAUUCAAUCUGAACCAGAGCGGUGAUCAGACACUCAACGAUGAAAAGAGUAAAUGUUCCUGUUGA